AUGGGUUUCCGAUCGUGGGAUCUGCAUGAAUUUCCUCUGUUGCAGAGCACGACUAAGCAUUCGUGGACCGUCAAGGCAAUAACGCAAAUCGAGAAGCCGCGAUACGUCAUCUUUGCGUUGCAGACUGGUCGGAAGAAUAACAUAACGAGAUCGAUAACUCGAUUCGACGAUUGCAAAUUAACUAACGUGAAACUUUAUCUAAACUCGGAAUUUUAUCCAUAUGACGAAUUGAACCUCGAUUUCGGCAAGAAGAGGUACGCCAUCCUGUAUGAUAUGUACGCGCGGUUUUACAAAUCGUAUUAUGGAGGCAAUCAUGAUGAGGUGCUUCUUCCCAUCGACAAAUUUGGAUCUUGCGGCCCCUUCGUCGUCAUCGAUUGUUCGCGACAGAGCGAGUCUGUCAAGAGUGCCACCGUGGACGUACGAUUGGAAUUUGAGUGCAAGGAGAAUGUACCCGCGAAUACUACCGCCUACUGUCUCAUCAUACACGAUCGCCUGGUUGAAUAUAGUCCAUUGACCAACGUUGUACGCAAAAUCAUCUAA